GUGGAGUUGCUCAGUGCACUCCUCGCACCCUUCUCCAAUCCUUUUCAUACAAUACAAUCAUGUCUGCAGCAACUGCUACCCAGCCUCAGACCCAGAUUCAGACUUCUCCAUCAGCCAAGCGCGGCAAACGAGGCGGACACAGAGGCCAAGGCGGUCAUCGCGGAGGCAGUGGUAAAUCCCGAGGCCGCAAGAAUUCAAGUGCAGCUGCACCAGCCGACCCUGUUUUUGCUCAGCCGAACCAGAACGAAGUCGCGCCUGCCCCAGAAGCCACAGACGACGCAGUGGUAUGCUGGAUCUGCGCAGAGCCCGUCAAAUACUACUCAGUAUCAGCGUGCAACCACCGGACGUGUCAUGUCUGUGCUCUACGCUUGAGAGCGCUUUAUAAGAAGCUGGAUUGCACAUUUUGCAAGGAACCUCAAACAACUGUGAUAUUCACGACUUCCCCCGAUGCGCUCUUUUCUUCCUACACCCCCGACAUGAUCCCGCAUAAAGACUCUAAGUUAUUAAUAUACUUCGAGUCCACCGACAUGAUGGAAGAGACGCUUAUUCUUCUGCGCUUUAAUUGUCCUGAUUCGCAGUGCGAUUAUACCGGGACUGGAUGGAGUGACCUUAAAUUGCAUGUCCGGGGUACGCACGGGAAGGUGAUGUGCGACCUGUGUAUUCGAUCCAAGAAGGUUUUCAGUCACGAGCACGCUUUGUACCUCCCCAAUGUCCUACCUUUGCACUUGCCAUCUAUGUUGCAUCGGUCUCAUAAACAAGUGACGAAAGAGCCGAUUGAAGGCGGCGUACAUCCAUUAUGCGGGUUCUGCAAGGAAUGUUUUUUCAGUGAUGAUGAGCUGUAUGUUCAUAUGCGCGAACGACACGAGGAGUGCUUCAUUUGCAAACGUAAUGAAAUACGAGAUCAAUACUUCCAAAACUAUGAGGCCCUCGAACAACAUUUUAAUCAAGGGCAUUUUGCGUGUUCAAAACCCGCCUGUCAAGCUCAAAAAUUCGUGGUGUUUGGAUCUGCCAUCGAUCUCAAGGCGCAUCAAGUUGAAGUACAUGGAACAGAAAUGACCUCAAGGGAUAAGAAGAAUACUCAGCGGGUUGAGGCGGAAUUCGAGUUUGGGGACGCUGGUGGUGGGCGUAGGGGGAGACGGGACCGAGAUCGAGAUCGAGAACAUGAGCCGCCGCCUGCUGCGCAGCCUAGGGCAGUGGCAAGGCGCAGGGAAGCAUUUGGUGGCCAUCUGACUAGUAGUUCUCCUGCGCCUAAUGGGGCACAAACACCGCAGUCGUCUGGACCUAGCCCACGGACAGUCGCCAUCCCCACAGCCAGACGGGGAGGACUGCGUCAUGCGGCGUUCAUUUCACGGUUACAAUCUGUUGCACCAAACCCCAUUACUGCAGUGCUCGCUACUAAAGCUGCUGUCCGAGGAUUCCGACUCAACGAAUCCACCGCUCGUGAUCUCAUCUCGACGAUAUGGAAUGUUCUUGACAGAAAUUUAGAUGAUACUGCGGGUAUUGUCAAUGCUAUCGUCGACUUAUUUGACGAAGAAGAGAAGAAGUCCAACCUGCUCUCCUCUUGGAACGGAUUCAAAAUUGAGCAACGUCAGCAGUUUCCCGAUCUUGUACCUCAGGAAGUGGGGUCGGGCUACGCCGGUAUCGCAUCCGGUCGUGUCUUGAACGUGAAGCAUGCUACUGCUACGCGGUCUUCGUCGCAAUCUUCGAGACAGGUGUGGGAUCGCGUUGCACAGGCGGCUGGAUCUUCUUCAUCCCGCGUUGGCUCCGUUCCUACUCCGACACCACGACCGCCAGUUAGUUUCCCGGUUCUUGCAGGUCCUUCUCAGCCUGCGUUCCGCCAACAACAGCGGAACACCCCGUGGGCUUCUGGGUCUGGAUCUUCUAGCACAGGUUCCCGAGCACCGACAUCGAUACCGACCCCCGUAGUCCAGCAACGCGCUGCUGCGAAGAAAGGUCCGCCGCCGCCGCCGCUCACACCGCUGCUUUCCCAGUGCUGCCUUCCGGGAAUCAGUCUCUGCGAAACAUCCUUGGUGAGACCUGUUCCGACUACUGCUGCUUGGAAAAGCGGCGGCACUGCAAGUGGUGGCAGUACUCCGAUACCGGAAGAACAGAGUGUUAUUGAAGAGACUGCUAGUGGAAAGGGGAAGAAGGGGAAGGGGAAGCAGAAGCAGACCUUGUUUACUCUCGGUUCUUUUCCAACAUAAGCAGAGGUGUCGUUGUACCUUCUCAUUGCAUUCAUUCUGGCUGAGAGACUGGGAUAGAUGUAUAGGUGUAUUUGCGGUUUGCUAAUAUUGAAAACUUGGUUGUGAGCUCUCCACUUUCGUGGGCAAUGAGCCUACACUAGCACCCCUCGCUCAUCGCGGGUGCUAUUUGUCGCCUGG